ACACCCAAAAAUGACAUAAGUUGAAAUAGAACCCUUGAAUGUAGUUGUCGCAUUGGAUGUCUCCAAUAACAACACUAACGCACUGGAUUUUAUUCUGUAGCAGCAGUGUAGCUAACAUAUACACGCCUUUUGUAGGCGUCGUUAUUACGUUCGGUCCACUGUGAGUAUACUAGUAGUUUAGCUGGCAAAGUAACAGCAGCGUUCGGUAUAAAUAUAUGUUUAUGCAUACACAUGGUAAAAUUAACAGGGUUAUACUUCGUCCAGGGGUAUUUGUGUCUCGUUAAUUGGAUCACCAUCGGUGCCCAUGCGAUAUCAUAUGACUACUGCAGAUAAAAAGAUUCAGACGGUGAAGAACAUUACGUGGGGAUAUUUCAUUAUAGUGUUGCGACUGGUGUUGGACAGCGGCGAGCAUUGCUUUUAGUGUACUGUGGUUCAGGAAUUCAGGAGGUGCUCCUAGAAUGCUUCGUUGUCAAUUGAUUUUAAUUUAGCCGUGAUUAAGUCGCCAGGACAAAAUCCCAUUACGCCAAAUUGGCGGGUGUGUAAUGAGCAGGUAUGGAACUGGUUCGUCAUUUCGGUGUCAAUAGAAACACACGGGCUAAACACGUAUCAUGUUUUACGUCUUAUGUACUAAUCACGUGCGUCUUUCUGUCGUCACUACGUUCGACAUUGGUUUCAUCCGAUUGUGUUCAAAGUGAUAAGGUCACAGCCAACAGGAUAUAUCAGGUAUCGGAGAUAACACUUAACAAAUUACGUCAAGUGUGUGACGUAAUUCAUGUGGACGUGAAGGUAUAUGUCCUCUCUGAAAAUGCAGAGAAAAACAGCAAUGUAACAACUCUCCUGUUUUGUCCAUCCACUAAAGUGCCGGAGAUCACCGUCGCUUUCCAAAGGAGGGUCAUAAGCCUUAGUUUGAGUGAAGAGGAUGGAAGCGUCACCGCCUCCCGUCUCCCCAGUAAUUCUGUCCAGUUUCAUGUCAGACCGUCAACUACUUCAUCAACCGUCCUUCCACAUGUAUAUGUGCAACUGAAGCGUGUCCCUGGCAAACUCAACAUUGGCAGGAUGUAUGCACAGUGUGGUGAUACGCUGGAAUCCAUGGAGGAUUAUGGCCUACGAUUAAAAGUUUCAGUAAAAGUUGCCAAAAAGAAAGAAUUAUCUUCAAAAGAUCGACAAGCCGUUAUUUCACAACGUAGAACACGUCAAACAUCAACGAUGGAUAAGCAAAACGUCACAGACCAGGCGAUGUGCGGAGAUACCCAUAGCUGCUUCCGUUACGGUAAACCAUCAUGUCAACAUAUGAAAUGUACGUACUUCGUGUCCUACCGAGUAGAUGACCUUAUCAACCGGAGAACAAUUCAUCUGGAGAUCAGCGGCAAAGCACAAGGGUGGUUGGCCAUGGGAUUCUCGUCUGACAACAAAAUGGGUGGAGCUGACAUAAUUGCAUGUGUCAGGAAGGAUGUCACCUCAUCAGAAUUCCGAGCAGCUGCGUUCAGCACUUCCUAUUAUCAUGACACUCCAACAGAAAAGGACAGCUUUUCUAAUUUGACGCGAUACGAAGAGGCCGAUGGCUAUUUCUACUGCUACAUUCAGGUUCCUUUCAAGCAACGAACAGGCAAUUAUGUGGACCUAAGCAACGACUGGUACCAACUCUAUGCCUGGGGAAACGUUGUAACAGGAGGAAAAAUAGAAAGACACACCCAUCAACCUUUGACAUCUUUAUCAAAGGUAAGCGUCAUGUACAAAAGAAAUGAAUAUGGAGCUGGAGAACAGAUAAAGGGAGGCAACCUUCUCUAUUUGUCGCUGCUGAUUUUGUUCGUAAUCCUGGUGUAAAACUGAGAGCACUAUCGUUAUUGGAACUUACUAAUUGAAACACUCAAUCCAGAUUUGAAUAAGAAGAAAAGGAUCCUGCGGGUCGAUAUGGAACGAAAGAACGAAGGAUUGACGCAGUUUCAACGAUGUUUGAAUAAACUUACACAGAGACUUACACAGAGAGGAAUGACUAUGUAACGUUCUAUUGUCGCCGACACGUAAUUUAUAUGUGUACGUGACGUAUGUCUUCGCUUUCACAAUUCUUCAAAGUAUAUUCCAACUGAUAAAGCUGUGUCUUCGUCUUGAGUAUGCAUUGAUCGUGUUUGUCAAGCAACUCCAUAAGUUGUAAAUAUGAUGUUAACUGCGAAAUGCAACCUGUCAGGUUACCUGUAUAAAUCGUUAACCCUAACAGAGGAAAAACCUAUCAUAUUUUGUCUUCCGUAAAUACAUGUAUUUGUUCAGUGUGGUACGCAUGCCUUACAUACAGUUAACACCUUUUGAACUAACGGUAGCUUUUGUUUUUAUUAAAAAGUAGGUUGUUAAAGUAUGUCAUACAUAUUGAUAUCGGAAGGGAUACGCGUCAAACAACAUUUUGAAUAGGAUUUUUCUUUUUGAAAUAUGUUUCUUAAGGCUACUAUGUAUUGCCAAUGCUAUUUUGUAAGGUUAAUUAAUUAGUUUUAUCAGAACGACGAAAAUGUGAUAGAGCAAACUAAAAUAUAUUAAAAACAACAGCAUUUGUCCAAGAUGUGUUUUGUGUCAUACAUGUCUCAAAGACAUCGAAGACUUGACAUGAACCAUUAAACCAUUGUGUUAAACGGCUGAUACGAAUCGUCCUUCUCAAAGUAGACUGUAUAUCGAGAACAAAUUAUGUGUAGAACAGGAUCGUUGGGAAGAUGUGAACGCUCAAUUGCACGUAUUUCCCUUGAUUUGAGUGCAUUAUAAUUGAAUAUAUAAACGUAGCAUGUUUGUUCUGUGUCUGGUUGUGUUAGAAACGCUGUCAAUAUAUUCAUGAGAUGUCGGUGCAAGUAAUGCACUGGGUUGUGUCACAGUCAUUAUAUUUGUCAGAUGAUACCUUGUACACAUUUUAAUGUGUGUCUUUAUACUCUAUCAUCGAUUUUGAUUUUUAAACGGCUACCUACUUGUGUGAUAAAAUGCAUUGUUCCAUACAUUAUAUCUUUGGUGUCGAAUUCAGCAUCAUUUUGAUCAAGUGCAAUUGAUUUGUCAACACUUUCGGUUUUAUAUACAUCGUUUUGUAUCAUCUUACAGACUGUUGUACUAAAUACUUGCAUGUGUAAUAAGCACCGAGAAGGGCAUUUUGCAACCUCAAUUUAGCUUAAUCUCAUCAUCAUGAGAAAGUCGGUUAUUUAAAACGCUUCUCAUGUAUGGCCUGGUUUCCGCACGUUUCCUCAGAAACUACCUCAGUGUUUUUAAUGAAACUAAGCAAACAAGACCCCCUUGGUCCCUUUACACUGAGAUGGGUCGACAAAACUCAAUGGUGGCCAGGGGACCAUAUGAGUUAUGUGAAAUCAAGAUCGGUACCUCUCAAUUAAAGGAAACUACUGAAGAAAUGAUGUAAAAACGUUGUAAGCCUGAUCCUAUUUGUUCGUAGUUAUUCAUGCGAAAUUGAACUUGAUUUGAGGGAGCACUAACACUGCCAUUUGUAAUUGUGCCUGCAAUUUGGAACACAUCAGGGACCAAAUUAAAUCUGCUACUUUAAUUGCAACAUUUUCCCAGGACAUACCCAAUCAGGAACAUACACAAAUCCUUAAAAUGGCAGUUAUUAUUCCCUGCUUAACGUUUAGCAUUUAAGGGAAUAACAUCAUCUGGUCAAAAGGCUUCAUCAAUACUUCAGGUGUAGGGCUCGCUUACGCUAUCUGCGCCCAUGGAAAAUAUCAUGUCCAAAUUGAAACAGCUUGUAAGCCCACCAUCAUCAUAAUGUGGGCUUUUAAAAUCGACUUGCAUUCGUGUUACCGCUAUUUUUCAGAAAGUUUAAAAUGGAUCUUUUACAGAUUUCAUCUUUAGGUUCCCCUUGGUUCCUUGUUGUGUAUAUUUACUUUGGAGACUUCGGAUAAACACAAUAGCCGACAAUCGGCCAUCUUUAAUUGAAACAGUGAAGGUUUGCUAUCGCUUUUUCUUAGGAAGUAAUGGAAGGAUCUUUCUAAGAAUUUGCAAUGUUAGUUCUCUUUCUUUAGUUGUGCAUGUUUACUUUUGAGACUAAUUGAAUAAACAAAAUGGCUGACAGAUGGC